GAUUCUGACUUAGGCUCACUUAAUGGGAGGGAAAUGCCUUUAGCAAUUUCACUAAACUCAAUUGGCCCUUUUUUCUCCUGUAUUGUAUCAACAUUGCCAUCCUGAAUCAUGGCUUUCGUUACAUCUUCAUACUCUCUACUCUUAACACAUCUCCUGUCAAUGGAAGCCAGGUUAAUGUACUCAACAGUGGGUGAGAGAGACCAUUUUCUAUCCUUCUCUACUAUCUUAGCACUGUACCUUUGCUUUGCAUAUUGUAUAAAGGUUUUAACUUUUGACAGAUCAGCAGUAGUUGGAUCUGCAGCAGCAAAAAGUGAGCAACGCUGGAUGCCUUGUGUAUCAGGACUGGUAACUUCUGUGGCUGGAAUAGGCUGGCUAGUGGGUAGUUGUGGUUGUAAUUCUGAUGACCACUGUCUUGGUCUCUUGGUAGCAGGAGGACCUUCAGUACUACUUGACGUAGAUGCAAUGCACAUAGAACUUGCAGCUGAACGUCCUCCCAGUGCUUGCUGACUGGGUAAGUAUGACAGGGGUGAGGGAUUGAAGCAUGUACGUUCUGCCACAGAAAGCUGGGGUGAGAAAGUUUGGCUGUGAGGUGAUUUAGCUGUGGUUAAUACAGUGGAAGAAGA